AUGGCAACUUCUACGCAAACACAUUCUCAUUGUGCUGUUCAAUGGGAAGACAACAAAAAUGAAUAUGCUGUUGUUCAUGUCAAACGUGCAAAGACAUCCAUCACUUUGAAAGUUGGUUUAACAACAUCAUUUGAAGUAAACAAUCGAGAUCGUCGACGUGGCAAAAUAUUUUUCGAAUUUGAAGAUCAAGGUGAACAUGUUAAUACUUAUUCCUGGAGUUUAGCACCUGAUCUUUCCGAAAAAAUUGAAGAGCCAACAAAAGCUAUUAAAAAUGUUGCUGGUGGAAAUUUACAUCGAACAACAUCUUCAUCAUCAACAAGUUCAGCUAUUUCAAAAAACAGAAAACGAAAAAUAAAUCAUAAUGAGCAACAUACAACUGGUAAUCCAGUUGUAAUUGAUAUCAAUCUGAUGCCGGUAUCACCACCUGCACUAGGUUCAACUCGUUCUGCUAUUACGAUUGGUGAUAUUGAUCCACCAUUAGAUUCAAAUGAUCAACAUCCAUCUAAUUCAUCUAAUGCAAAUAAAACGUCAACAAAUACUGAAACAGCAGUAUCACAUGAUGUCAAUAGUCUUCUUGAAGAAAAUAAAGCAUUACGUAAUAAAAUUACUGAACUUGAAGAACAAUUAUUACUUCAACGUGAAACAUCAAUUCGUGAGUAA